ACGGCUUGAGGACUCCCUACAGAAGGCCGCAGCUGCGCCAGAGGCGGCGUCUGCCAGAAGAGCAUUUGCCCCGUCUGGCACGAGCGUGGGAAGAGCACGCGGCUGCUUUCGUGAGAAGCGCCCAAACCAUUCCCGACCCUUCUUCCUUUCCUCGCUUCCUGGACGGCUGAGGCGGGCCCGCGGGAAACGGCUUCCUUUCUCUCGCCUCCGCCCAGGAAGCGCCGCCGCUGUGCAAGCGCCUUUCGUUCUCUGCGGCGGAAGGCAGGUACAGUUUUUUAAACUGAAACAGAAGAUGCUGGAUGUCGGAAAAUGGCCAAUAUUUGCUCUCCACUCUCAAGAGGAGUUGAAGUUAAUUCGCCAGGCUUGUGUAUUUGGCAGUGCUGGCAAUGAAGCACUUUAUGCAACUGAAAAUGAUGAGGUUUUUGGACUUGGCACUAACUGUAGUGGUUGCUUGGGAAUCGGUGACACACAGAGCAGCACUGAACCUCAAAGGUUAGGUAUUUUAUGCGGCAAAAAAAUAGCCUGCCUCAGCUAUGGAAGUGGCCCUCAUGUUGUUGCAGUUACUACUGAAGGAGAAGUAUAUACCUGGGGUCAUAAUGCUUAUAGUCAGCUUGGAAAUGGAACAACAAAUCAGAGUUUAGUUCCUUGCCAAAUCUCCACCAACUUGUUAAACAAAAAAGUGAUUGAAGUUGCCUGUGGUUCACAUCAUUCUAUGGUCUUAACAUCUGAUGGAGAGGUGUAUACAUGGGGUUACAAUAAUUCAGGGCAAGUUGGAUCUGGCUCAACAGCCAAUCAGCCAAUUCCUCGGAGAGUUACUAGCUGUUUACAAAAUAAGAUAGCAAUUAACAUUGCUUGUGGCCAGAUGUGCUCAGUGGCUGUGAUAGAAAAUGGAGAGGUGUAUGUUUGGGGUUACAAUGGUAAUGGCCAGCUUGGAUUGGGAAAUAGUGCCAAUCAACCAACACCUUGUAGAAUUGCAGCUUUACAAGGCAUUCAUGUACGGCGGAUUGGACACAGGGUGAUAUAUUGGAAAUUGGAUAUAUUUCUAACCAAUUCAGUUAGAGAUCAGCAUCUAGAAUGUUGGGUUGCUUGUGGCUAUGCACAUACAUUAGUGCUAACAGAGAAAGGUAUGCUGUAUGCCUGGGGAGCAAAUUCUUAUGGUCAGUUAGGCACUGGCAAUAGAAGUAACCAGUCCUAUCCUGCACCUGUUACUGUGGACAAAGACAGAGUCAUAGAGAUUGCUGCAUGUCACUCUGCUCACACUUCUGCUGCUAAAACCCAGGGUGGCCAAGUGUACAUGUGGGGUCAGUGCCGGGGACAGUCUGUUACUCUUCCACACCCCACCCACUUCGUCUGCACUGAUGAUGUCUUUGCUUGUUUUGCUACUCCUGCGGUGACAUGGCGUCUCCUCUCAGUGGAGCCUGAUGACUACUUAACAGUAGCUCAGUCAAUAAAGAAGGCAUUUGACAGUCCAGAUCAUGCAGAUGUGAGGUUUCAAGUGGAUGGAAAAUACAUUCAUGUUCACAAAGCCCUUCUUAAAAUUAGGUGCGAGCAUUUCCGUUCCGUACUGAACAACAAUAAUGAUGACAUUAUAGAAAUAAGUGAAUUCUCAUACCCUGUUUUCCGAGCCUUUUUGGAAUAUUUGUACACGGACAGCAUCAGCCUUCCUCCUGAGGAUGCAGUAGGUCUGCUAGACCUGGCAACGUUCUAUAGAGAAAAUCAUCUGAAAAAGCUUUGCCAGCAAACAAUCAAGCAGGGUAUUUCUGAAGAAAAUGCAAUUGCCCUUCUUUCAGCUGCAGUCAAGUAUGAAGCUAAGGAAUUAGAGGAGUUUUGCUUCCGGUUUUGCAUAAACCACCUGACUGUAGUUACCCAGACACCAGGAUUUGCAGAAAUGGACCAUGAUCUCCUGAAAAACUUCAUUAGCAAAGCCAGCCGUGUGGGAGCAUUUAAAAACUGAAGCAACGACUCUUGCAUAAAACGAAGAAAAUUGUUUUCAGAGUGGAUGCUUGUGCCUCUGAAUUUGAACUGCUGAGAUACUGCCUGGAUGUAGGGAACAGAUCUCACUAAUGUGGUUUGGCUUGCAAAGGUAACCACUAAUUUUUGUGGAGCAAGAGGGCUGGCAGCUGGUCUCCUAAAACCACUUACUGUACUUUUUUAUAUGGAAAACUAUCAUCAGUUAAUUUCUAUUAUGGCAGGAUAUGAGUGUCUUCCUCCUUGAUGUUGCUUGUUCAGCUUUGAAAAACCUUUAGAAGAAUGGCAGUUUUCAAACCAUGAAAUCAGCUUACGUGCAGGAAUAAAGGGCUGCCGAGAAGAACCUAAGAAGAGUACUUGUGAUGAGGAGAACUAGGGAAGGAUGCAGUACGCAGCAGUCUAUUUGCUUCCUUAUGUGCUGCUGUUGAUGGAAUUCCCCUAUUGCUGCCCCACCUCCAAACGAUACUGCCUAUUGCUUUUAGUUUAAACAUGUAAAGGAUGAUAUCAUCUUCCGUUUGAAUGACUAAGCAACCCUUGUUUGUGCUUAGAACCAUGAAGUUUUUAUCUGUUCUGUUUGCUGAACCUUUCAGAAAAAUGCAAGGAACUAUCCAAAUGAAAUGCUGAAGCUUUGACAGAGAAAUUCAAAAUAUUCCAUUUUAAAUCUAGGCUAGUUGUCAGAAAUAUAAAAGAACCUACUUAAUAGCAAGUGUCUUAACAGUUACUGUGCAAUCAGCAAUCUAUAAAUAUGGUUGCCAAGGUAGAUAAUUUAAUUCUUGUGACCAGGAUUGGGCUACACACUGCAACCAGAACGUGCAGCGUUUUGCACAUUUUUUAAGCUGCUGGCAUUUUCUUAAUUAGCAGCUAAAUUAGGUUGCUACUCCAGCCUCUGUUGCUGCAGCCACUUUUGCCCUACCACACCCUGUAACCCUGUAAGAGCGGAGCGGAGGUUCAGCAUUGCAAACAUUUUUUUACUCCAAUAUGCAGAGUCCUUUAUUUCCUUCCCUGCUACCUCCUCUUCUUUUAUCAAGUGCCUUCUGCAGGAGAAAUUGCUGCUCCCAUUCCUACUACCAAAAGGAGGGUGGUGGUGGAGGAGAGAGUUACUAGUUAUUGCAUACUUGCUUAGGGAUGUGGAGAUAGGGUUUAAUUGCUAAAAAAAGAUGCGCAGGGACUCAGAUGGCAUUGAUAUCCUAGACAUCUAUGCUCUAAUUUUGUGGGAUGAUGGACAGAGCAGCCUGCAUUUGCUCAGUAAAAAGGAAAAGGCAUUCUGCAUGUGCUCAGAGGCACUUUUACUUUAUUCUCACUGCGUAAUAGAAAUAAUUGUUAGCUAUCAGACCUCAAUACAAUUUGUGGUCUUCACCUUUUGUAUAGGCUUACAUUGGCCUGUCUAGUUGCGUUUUCCCCCUUUUUUCCUGGUUGUUCCUAAUGCUGAUCAGCUAAAUUCAGACAGCUAGUUAUGUCAGUAUUUCUCAAAUAUUAUGUAUCUGAACACGGUAAGUGAAAGAGCAGUACAAGAAUUGCAUUAAAUGGCUCAUGUAGAUACUGACCCAGUAUUGUCAGUGUCAACCCAAUUUAUAAGAUGUCUAUAGAAGCACACUGGGUGCAGAGUAGGACUGCUUGUUCUUAGUGUAAAGUGGGUGUGGUGGUGGUGAUGGAGGACACUGCACUAAUAAAAGCUAAAUUCUGCCGCCCUGUAUAAUUCUGAUAUAAUUUAUUCUGCUCAUCAUGGGGGCAAAGCGUUAUGGAGGGGUCACUAAACUCUUAUACCCUAACAAUUCUGUUUAAUGCCCUCUCCUUUCCACAGUCCACUGUUGAAACUACACAUAUACAAAUACAACUUUCUUUAAUCAUAUGUUCUUACUGACAAAUAUCAAUAGUAACUAGUUUUCUUACUGUUAAAACUGGUAGAAAAUACCCUGUGUAUUGACUUUGGUUCUAAAAAUACACCUAACUUCCAUAGAAUGUCUAUGUAUCUGGGAUUUAAAAACAGAGGCCUAAUUUUCAGCCCAGUUAUAUGUAAACUUUGCAUUAUUUUAAAAGGCUUCAAAAUUGGAUACAUAUAUGUGCAUAUACUAGAUCAGAAAAGUAGCAACAGUACUGUUAAAUUUAGGUCUUUAAGAGAAAUGGAGUGCAAUUGGGAAGAUAAUUAGUGAUGCUGUUCUACAAUGUAAAUUGUAAGAGUUUUUUCAAAUCUGAUUGACUCCAAAUGUUCUUGUAGAUUAAGCAUAACAUAUAGAAUGAAAUGGGGAACAUUAAGAUGCUUACUGAUGCAAUCCUCUACUUACUUCAGAGUGCCUGGGACUUGCUGCCAGGUAAACACUGUAGGAUUAUGCUAUAAGUGUUACUGAUGGAAUCAUCAGUAGUGAAAAUCAGUAUCCUUUUAUACCACCCAGACUAAACUAUGGAGUUUUUGAAACAUAGGAUACUUGGGUAGUAAUCUUAUGACCUCUACAAGGACAUCCUAGAGGCCACAAAAUACAUUCACUCUCCCUCUCAGUAGCUGAAAAGAGAUGUGAUGCUAGACCCCUCAUUCCUCCUCCUGCUGCCACAACUGCUACAACCCUGGCCCUUUCAAUGUUGGAGCAAUGAUGAGGGCCAAAAAGGGGGCAUAAUGGCUGGCCAAGGCCCACAGCAAGGUGAUCCAAAGGAUCCAACACUUUACUGGUCCCUUGCCAUGUCCACAGACUGAGGAGAAAAAUUUAAGCCAGCAAAAAAGUGGGAGUGCAAGAGAGCUCCACUGCCCCCAUUUCUACUCUGCUGGUGAGAGCCUGGCAGGACUGGAUAAGGUGGAAGGACCCCUCUCCCUUGCACCCUCACUUUUCUAAAUACUUUGUGUGUCUGCAACACGAAUGACCAAUUUUGCACCUCAUUAUGUAGUACUGUAUGUCACAUAUAAAAUUGUUACGACCUCAUACUUGAUAUGGAAAUCUGACAGCACUGAAGUCACUAAUAUUAUGUUACCAAUGUUUAUUUCACUGAAUUAAAAUGUUCAAGAAUGUUCUAAUACCUUCUCAAUAAAUCAUAUGUAACAUGAAAAUAUAACCAUACUUGGGAGACAAAGGUAGGAAAAGAAAGAGCUCCAUUUUUAUCGUUCCACCUCUAAACCCUACUGGGACCAAGUUCAGACAUGCAGUAUUAUGAGUAUUCAAGGUUACAUCUACAACAGAACACUAUAUACUGAUACAAGACAAUCCCUGCUUAUUUGAAAAAGUGGUGUUAGUCCUUGAAGGACUAACAUCUGUAUUCAGAAUAAUACUUCAAAUGGACAGUAGUCCAGUUUGCCUCAAUACAUAAUUAUAUGUGCAGUUUUAGUUUUGACACUGCAACAAAAUCUUAAAUUCAUUGCUAAUAAAAUUCCAGGAAUUCAUUUUCAUGCCAUGGUCAAGUUUUGCAAUCCCACUAGUGAUUUGCAUGAAACCAGUGCACUUGGAGCCAACAGCUCUACAGCAUUUUGCCUCUUUCUCUUUGUUCAUGAUAUGGACCGGAAGUGCACAUAUAGGGUUGUAUUCAAAGUAGUGCUAAGGUGAACAUUCUGUCAGUGCAAGGAUUUCUCCUUGUGCAACAGAAUGUUCUCCUACUCUCCUCGCCCUAUGCACCCCCUAAAUAGAUGUGGGGACAAUGAAGGGCACACAAGGGAGGGGAAGGAUCCCAAUGGACUACAGAUCAUCCUUGAACUUGUGCAAUUAUUUAGUUGAAUACUGCCCCUUAGUAUUUUGUACCGCAGAAGAGAAAACAGUGGAUCUAGCUAACUGCUUAUUUCAGUAAAAAUCUAAGCAAUCUAGCAGAUUACAAAAAGCAAUUUUAAGAGCAUGAACAUAAAGGGAAUAAAGAUGGAAAUAUUAAUGAGGUAUAGCAGAUUUGUUUCAGUAGUAUGGCUACACAAUGGAUUGGGUCCAGUUGGUUGUGCUGAACUACAAUCAAUUUAGUUUGGCUCCAACUCUGUUCAGUUUACACCUCAUGGUAUACAUUAUUGUAGAGCUUAGUCCUCUGCAUGUGUAGCUGAAUGUUUGGACUAUUAUGUAGGAACUAUGUUUUUGGAUUCCAGUACAUAAAGUAUGUAAAUAGUGCAUCAAAGUCUAAUAAUAUUAAAAUGACUUUUUAAAA